GACGGCACAGCCCGAGCUGCCGAUGAUAGUGCCAGAGUUUGACCUCCUCAAAAGCAAGAUCGUCAGAGAGGCUAUGAUGAGCCUUAGGCCGGAAAAAUUGAAGGAGCAUCUCGAGUUCCUGAGCUCUAAGCCUCACCUGUCCGGCACACACCGAAGCGAGGUCGAUGUGGUCAACUACAUCCUGCGCGAAUUCGGUCAGAACCUGGAUCAAGCCUUCAAGGUUCCCUACACCAUUCUACACCAGUACCCCGAUCCAAAUAACCCAAAUAAGCUACAAGUGAUCGACGCGAAAGGAGACGUUGUAAUGGAUGCCGGGAUGCAUGAGGCAGCCAUUCCAGGCAUCGAUACCGAUUCUGUUCCGGGGUACCUCGCCUACUCUCCUACGGGAACCGUCGAGGGCGACAUCAUAUUCGUUAAUUAUGGCACCUACCCGGACUUCGACAAGCUCGAGAAAAACAACAUCUCCGUCAAGGGCUUCAUCUGCUUGGCCAGGUAUGGCGGAGGCCACCGUGGAGAGAAGGUUCGAAACUGCCACGAGCGAGGCGGCAUCGCCACCAUUAUCUUCUCGGACCCUAAAGCCGUCUCGCCCCUGGGUCUGGACAAAGUAUACCCGAACUCCCAGUUCGUGGACGGCACAGCGCUCCAGAGGGGGGCGCUCUACACCUACGGAGAUCCGGAAACCCCCGGAUAUCCGUCCAUAAAGGAGGCCCUACGAUAUCCCAACACAUCGGACAUGCCACAGAUACCGGGACUGGUAAUAGGCUACGACGACGCCAGACUUCUCUUCGGGUACAUGGGAGGCGAUGUGGUGGAGACCACUCCGGAGUUAACAGCCAAGUGGAACAUGACCUACCGCCGAGGGCCUCUGAAACCCGAGCACGCCGGAAUGAAGGUCCGCUUGACCGUGAACAACCAAUGGAAGCGAGUGGAAGUCUUCAACGUCAUCGGCGUGCUCAAAGGAUCCCACGAGCCAGAUCGGUACAGCAUGCUGGGCAACCACCACGAUGCCUGGGCCAGGGGCACCAUCGACCCCUCCUCCGCAACGGCGCCCAUGUUGGAGCAGGCCUACGUGCUCGGGCAGCUGGUCAAGAAGGGCAUCUGGCGGCCCCGGCGCUCCAUCAUCUUUGGCGUCUGGGCAGCUGAGGAGAUCGCCAUCGCCGGCUCUGGGGAGUGGGUCGAGGACAAGUUCCUGCUGCUCAACCAUGGAGCGGUAGGCUACGUGAACGUGGACAACUGUCCGUCCGGUCCGUCGUUUGUACCCUACGCAUCUCCGUCCUUGAAGAACACUUUCUACACGGCAGCUCAAUUGGUACCUCACGGGAACCAGACCCUUUUGGAGUUUUGGCGCGAAUUCGAGAACGUCAUCGCCCCGGCUUUACCAGACGUCCGCCUGACACACGGAGGAGCGGACAACAAUGCUUUCAACUUUUACGCGGGAAUACCGGCAGUGGCACUGACAUUCCGACCGGACCCGAAAAAGUACAGCGCGACGUAUGCGUCGUACCACACGGCCUACGAGACUGUUGACCUGUACGAGAGGUUCAUCGACAAGGACUACAGCGGGAUGAAGAGGUGCGCCCAGACGCAGCUGGUGCUUACGUUGUACCUGUCCGAGGCCGAGCUGCUCCCGUACAACAUGAUGGACCUGGGAGACGCUCUGAGCACGGCAUACGGCAAGCUGGAGCCAAAGUUCACGCCGUACAAGGACCACACAAUAGACAUCGGUUGGCUUAAGAAGGAAAUUACCUUGUUCAAAACGGCGGCUUCCGAGUGGCACAAGUGGCUUUCAAAACAAAAAACCUUCGAGUGA